CUUCCAUUUUACGCGCAAUCCACGCUCCCAAACAAAACAAAAAAAACAGAAAAAGGAAGAGAAUAUAUCCAUACAUAUAUAUAAAAAAAAAGAAGAAGUGUGGAGAAUAUUUGCUUCGGUCUCUCAUACACAAGAAGAAGAAAACAUGUCGUCAAGAAAUGAAAAUGUGCCGGAGAAAUCAGAUUUCACCCGGAGAUGUAGUUUGCUCAGCCGUUACCUGAAGGAGAAGGGUAGUUUCGGUAACAUAGAUCUUGGUUUGUUCCGGAAACCCUGUCCCGGUCUCCUUUUGCCCGGAAUAUCCCAUCCAUCGGGACCAGGGAAACCAAGUGCUGCGGCACAGAAGGUUGAGCAUUUCCAAGGCGAACCCUCUAACUCGUCUGGAGGCAAAGUCAAAGAUGCUGACCUCAGUGAAUCACAUCCAGGAAACUCUCAGCUGACCAUAUUCUUCGGAGGGAAAGUUUUAGUUUACAAUGAGUUCCCUGCAGACAAAGCUCAAGAGAUCAUGGACGUAGCUAAACUAGCCAAGCCUGUUACUGAGAUUAACAUUCAGACACAAAUCAAUGCCCAAGAAAACAACAACAACAACAAAAGUAACAUUCAGACACAAACCAAUGUCGAAGACAUCAACAACAACGACACAAGCGACAUGGUUCUUCCUGAUCUUAAUGAGCCUACAAAUUCUGCUUAUACUGAUCAUAACCACCCUACAAAGGAGCAACAACAACAAAACCAGAUCGUGGAACGUAUAGCUCGCAGAGCUUCGCUUCAUCGUUUCUUUGCCAAACGGAAAGACAGAGCUGUGGCUAGAGCUCCAUACCAAGUUAACCAAAACCCGGGUCAUCAUCGUUAUCCUCCCAAGCCAGAGACUGUAGCCGAUCAACCACUCGAGCUAGGACAGUCGUCGCAAAGAACGAACAACGCUGUUGCUCAAACCGUGGCCCAUCCCAAAUCAGAUGGUGAUAAAGAUGUUACUAUGGAGAUUGAAGAAGGCCAAAGUUCUAAAGAUCUCGAUCUAAAGCUAUAGUAAUAUUAAUGCUAAAUGUUUCUUAGGAACUGAGCUUUUAGAUUACGUCGUUUCGAUUCUCUUUUGACUUAAUUUAAGUGAAUUUUUGUUUUCUACUAAA